AACUAAUAAUCAAUUGACUGGGAAUUGUUCUUCUCGAAAGACGUGUAUUACCGUGCUAAGCGAAAUUCGAAUUAAUCGUGUGUCGGAAUUGAAUUGUCACAAAAAUUGGAUUUCUUUUUUGCAAAGGAACAAAUAAUGUAUAUAUUCGGCAAUACAAAAUAAGUGACAAUAUCCCAAACAAAUGACGGUAUCCAAAACAAAAAAACAGAAAAAAUGGAAUAAAGUGAUUCAACUUUCAUGUUCGAUGAACACGAAAACAUAUUGAAAUUUUUUAUCGAAUCUAUUUAAAUCGAAAACAAGCAAGAAGAAACUAGACAUGCAUAAAGGAUAAAACCCGGAAAAACAGUGAUACUCAAAGUGCUGUAAAACUGUGUAAAUGUGAUUGUAAGCGUACCGAGUGGAAACACUAAAGCUAAAGUGAAAGAAUAACGCAUUCAAUGAAAUUUACUCAUCCGUCUUAAAAGGGUAAUAAAAUUGCAUACGACUGAAACUACAAAAACCGGCAACUAGACGAAUCUUGCAUAUUUCUUCACGGAUAACAAUCAUACGUGCGGCAGUAGAGGAUUAGGAGAAAUUCGGCACGAUGAAUGUACAACCGACCAAGUAUACGGGCCUGAUCGCGGACCUGAUGCCCAACAUACGGUUGAUGCAGGGCUUCGGUCACUUUCUGUUCCGCUACGUUACCGGUCCGAUAUUGAUACGGAAGCUGUUCUCCUGGUGGAAUUUGGUAAUGAUUCUGCUGCAAUUCUUCGCCAUCGUUGGCAAUCUGGUGCUCAAUACGGAUGACGUAAACGAACUGACGGCCAAUACGAUCACGACUUUGUUCUUUACUCACUCUGUGACAAAGUUUAUCUACUUUGCGGUCAAUUCGGAAAGCUUCUAUCGAACGCUGGGAGCGUGGAAUCAGCCGAACGCCCAUCCGCUGUUUGCCGAAUCGGACGCCCGGUAUCAUUCGAUUGCGUUGGCCAAAAUGAGGAAGUUGCUUGUUAUGGUGAUGGUGACGACCAUUCUCUCUGUCGUAGCUUGGAUCACAAUUACGUUCUUUGGUGACAGUGUGAAAAAUGUCCUCGACAAGGAAACUAACGAAACGUACACAGUGGAAAUCCCUCGCCUACCCAUCAAAGCCUGGUACCCGUGGAAUGCAAUGGGCGGAGUGGCGUACGUAUUUUCUUUUGUCUACCAGGCAUAUUUUCUACUGUUCUCGAUGUGCCAGGCCAACCUGGCCGAUGUUCUGUUCUGCUCCUGGUUGCUCUUUGCCUGCGAACAACUGCAACAUCUGAAGGGUAUAAUGCGCCCGCUGAUGGAACUCUCGGCCUCGCUGGACACCUAUCGGCCCAACUCGGCUGCUCUCUUUCGUGCCAUUUCCGCCGGAUCCAAGUCGGAACUGAUUCUGAACGAAGAAAAGGAACCGGAAACUAAGGACUUUGACUUGAGCGGUAUCUACAGCUCUAAAGCGGAUUGGGGUGCCCAAUUUAGGGCCCCUUCGACAUUGCAAACAUUCGGCGAUAACGGCAUGAAUGGGAAUCCCAAUGGGCUUACCCGUAAGCAGGAAAUGAUGGUCCGGAGCGCUAUUAAGUACUGGGUAGAACGACACAAGCAUGUGGUCAGACUGGUAUCGGCCAUUGGCGACACGUACGGAGCGGCCCUUCUGCUGCACAUGCUGACAUCGACAAUCAAGCUCACACUGCUGGCCUACCAAGCGACGAAAAUCGACGGACUCAACGUGUACGGAUUGACCGUUAUCGGCUAUUUGCUAUACGCCCUCGCCCAGGUGUUCCUGUUUUGCAUCUUCGGCAAUCGACUUAUUGAAGAGAGCUCAUCGGUGAUGGAGGCUGCCUACUCCUGCCACUGGUACGAUGGGUCCGAGGAAGCCAAAACAUUCGUACAAAUCGUUUGUCAACAGUGCCAGAAAGCGAUGACCAUUUCGGGGGCUAAAUUUUUCACCGUUUCUCUGGAUCUGUUUGCUUCGGUUCUGGGAGCAGUUGUCACCUACUUCAUGGUGCUGGUGCAGCUGAAGUAAGCUCCCUAUAAGCGCUUACAGUACCUUAACAAUGUUACCUAUGAUGCAAUCAAAACGGCAAUACAUGACACAACAUUAGGACUUGCUCUACAAGGUCUUACACUGAAGUUAAAAUUAGGUUUAAAAUGUAGAAAUUUGUUGACUAGAAAUUUGAAAGUGCUAAUCAAUCAAACUUUGUUGAAAUAUAAUUGAUGAUAAACAGAAAUAAUAUUUGGACAUAUGCCCCUAUGUAUUAAACCAGUUUUUAAAGCAACAUGAGCAAUGUUUAUCUGACUAUAGUUUAUAAUGAAAUAGUAUUUUUUCUGUGUGAUAUAAAUAAAUUCGCAAUGCCCUUAA